GCACAUUGAGAUUUUGAGGUGUGCAGAUACUGUUAGUAGUGUCAUCUUUGAUUUAUGAAGGGUAAUGCAUUAACUUGGCCAGAUUUUGGUAUUUUUUAUCUUUUUCUUUUGUUUCCCCUUUGGUCUUUAGAAGAUCUGUUAAGAACAGAGCAGAAGAUGCCUCAUCCACCAGGGGGAAGGAUACAAACCACACAGGCGUGAUUCAUCCCUGUGGACUCCUGGCAAAGGCGGCAACCCAGCAGUUUUGUGGGUGUGUUCGUAACCUGUUUUGUCAUUUUGCAGUGCAACACCUUCACCGUCAUCUGCAGGUUCCCCAGCAUUAAUCCAGUUGGACAAGAAAAGAAACAUCCUGAUGACCAAGGUUAUUUCUUCAUGGAAAAACUGAAUGCAUCGGAGCGCCCAAGCAACACUGGGUGAGACCGUGAGACUGGAGCAUGCUGACAGCAGAGGGAUGGUCGGACGCUUGCCUGUGGUAUCUUGAGCAUCUCUGCCUGUGUUAAUUUUGCUCGCAGCAGAUCCCAGACUUCUGAAAACAUUUCUAUUGCUGCACUGUAGCUACCUUGACAAGUUCUUGUGGUGGUGAGACAGGGUGGUUUCCAUGAUGAGUCAAGCAAAGCAAGUGAGCGAGAUCAGUGCUCAGCUGGCAACUUGGGCCGGUAUCUCGAUGAGCCUUAGAUACCUGGAGCUGUCCCAGAUUCCUGCCUCCCUUGAAGGAGGAAAGCAGCAAAUGUGAAGUGAUGAUGGUGAGGGUAGCCCACUGCCUCGUCCUUUGGGCUCUGCACGUCUUCCCAGCCGUGCCACACACAGCUCUCAGGGUUCUCAGUAAGGAAUCAAAGAGUGGUAAUCAGCAAGAUGAGUGUAUAAAUCUAAUUCCCUGCAAAGAUAACGGAGCUAUUUGUAUUCAGUCCUGUUCUCCCUCCUUCCAUGGGGAGACAAGUUUUGUCUGUGAAGACACAAAGUGGAAAAUGUUCACGGAUGCCUGUGCAAGCCUGGAUGUUCAGUCGCUUUUUCAGAGGAUUUUUGAACAUAAACUGGUUCCAAGCUCUGGUGGACAUGUUAGUGUUGCUGGAGGACACCUUCCUUUUGUUGGGGGAGGAAAGCCAGUGCUUGGGAAGCCUGGAGAUGGAGCAAAAUAUUUUGGUGCUGAUGACCAUGAGAGCAGUAACUGCCAAGCUGAUUUUUCAUGCAUCAUCCCAGAUAUCCUGUCUUCACCAGCCAUUCCAGGAAACAUUGCAGAUAUAGUGGAAUUGCUGAAGAAGAUUUCCCAGCUGUUAUCAGAGAAUGUCAAUAGGGGAAAAAUGCAGAGUUACAGCAGGAUAGCAAACCAUAUUCUGAACAGCUCUGUUGUUUCCAAUUGGGCUUUUGUAAGGGACAGAAAUGCUGGUUCAAUAUUACUAGAUUCGGUGAAUGCAUUUGCUGGGAAACUUCUUCUAAGGAAUGGAUCAGAAAGUAUACAGGAACACUUCAUCUCUACCAAAGGCUACAGCAUCCAUAAAAAUACCUCAGGGAAGAGCUUUGAUUUUUCUAUGGAGUUCAAUAGCACAGCCAAUAUCACUGGGCACCUGGUCAUUCCAGAAGAAGAGCUUUUGAAGUUACCCAAGACUUCCAAAGCCAUCAGCAUUGCAUUUCCAACGCUUGGAGCCAUUAUAGAAGCCAGCAGGUUGGAUCCUGGUCUUGUGAAUGGAAUGGUGUUAUCGGUGUCUCUGCCGGAAGAGCUACGGCAUGUUUUACUCACCUUCGAAAAGGUGAACAAAGUGGAGAACGUCGAGGCUCAGUGUGUUGGGUGGCACUCUACCGAAAGGAGAUGGGAUACCAGGGCGUGCACAAUGAAGUUGGACAACACCAGCAGUGUCGUUUGCGUCUGCAGGCAUCACCAGCGGACGUACAAAUCCUUCUCCAUUUUGAUGUCCCCCACCGUGCUGCGAAACGCGGUGCUGGAUUAUAUUACACGCAUAGGGUUGGGUCUUUCCAUCUUCAGCUUGGCUCUCUGCCUCACCAUCGAGGCCGUCGUCUGGCAGCAUGUCACAAAAACUGAAAUAACCUACAUGCGCCAUUUUUGUUUGGUCAACAUUGCUACAUCGCUUCUCAUUGCUGAUGUUUUGUUCAUCUUGGCAGCUAUUGUGCACAAUACAGCCCUAAACUACCCGUUAUGUGUAGCAGCCACUUUUUUCCUGCACUUUUUCUAUCUUGCCUUGUUUUUCUGGAUGUUUACCCUGGGCCUUUUGAUUCUCUAUGGAUUAUUAUUAGUUUUUUUUAAGAUAACAAGACCGGUAUUCAUAGCUACAGCAUUCUCUAUUGGAUAUGGAUGUCCCUUGGUCAUAUCUGUCCUCACUGUUGCUAUUACUGAACCAAAAAACGGGUAUUUAAGGAGCGGAGCCUGCUGGCUCAAUUGGUAUGAGACAAAAGCCCUUUUGGCCUUUAUUGUACCUGCCCUGAGCAUCAUUGUUGUGAAUGUAGUGGUGGUGGGGGUGGUUGUAGCGAAGACUGGGAGAUCCUCUGUUGGAGAAAGCUGCAAGUCACAAGAUUUGAGCAACAUGAUCCGAAUUAGCAAAAACGUUGCCCUUCUGACACCUCUUCUCGGUCUCACCUGGGGGUUUGGAUUAGCAACUAUUGUCGACAGUCGCUCUCUGCCAUUUCACAUUACGUUUGCACUACUGAACGCCUUCCAGGGAUUCUUCAUCCUGUUGUUUGGGACACUUCUUGACAGAAAGACAAGAGAAGCCUUACGAGAGAACUGCCUUUCAUCAAAGCGAAAGUGUAGUCUAGCAAAGUCCUAGCAGUGGACAGUUGUCUUCAGUGGAUCUGACCAGUGAGAGGAAAAGGAGCACUUCUUGUGCAGAAAUCCUGGUUUGAGACAAGCUGAAGUGGGUGAGCAGCUCAGAGCAUGGACAGCAAUGUCUUAGAACAUUACCAUGGGAAGUGUCGUGAAAACCAGAAGAGAAAAGGCCCUGAACCUGCUGUUGGGAUCAGGAAACCAUCAGUGUUACUGCAGCUCUUGGAGGAAACAUGCUGAUACCUGAAAGUUGUUUCUUACCUUGUGAAAACUACUGUGAGGACAGUUUGUCCUUCUUUGCCAUUUCAGCACUUCAGUUUCUUAUUUUCUUUUUUCUUUUUUUUUUUUUUCCUUUUUUUUCCCUCAUGUCAGUGCAAUAAUGAACAGUACAACAUGUGAGGCUGUUAUAAAAUUAUUUCAUUUUUAAUGUGAUAUACAAAUGUUAAGCAUUAUCUAGCUGGUUUGGAUUAUCUUUGUUCAGAAGCAAUUCUAUCAGGUGGCACUGUAUUAAAAAUUUUCAUCUGUUCUCCCAGACAGAUGGACAAUGUAACUCUCUUUCUGCAUUUCAUCUCCACUUCAAUACUUGUUCACUCCAGAAGAAUUGUACAAAGCCCUUGUUUGGUCUGUCUGGACAGAAUUUUCAUUCUUUUUCCAGUUCUGCAAGAUGAUGGCAGAGAUAAACAAGAAGAAGCACUUUGCAAAUGAUUAGCUUCCCUCUUUAGAUAUGGGAAGGCAAGCUUUGCAUAUGCUUCGGAGUUGAAUCAGAAGGAUGGAGAUCUGUGUCCCACGCAACAUGCUAACCUAGGAAACAGUUCAUCCAUGUAGUUCAUUAUGUAGUUCAGUAGUUCAUCUGGGUUCAUUAGAAAAACAGUUCUUGGUCUGAGAAACCCUUUCUAAUGAAAGCUUUGAUAAAAAUGUUAUUGUCUCUUGUCAGGACAAAUUGAUACUUUCAAAUGGAAAUAAAGUUGAAAUUUUAUGACUA